UUAUUGUUAGCGUGAGUCAAAAUAUUCAUUGAGAGCUUCAGUGGAGAAUCAUUUCAGAUCUAGGAACAUACAGUCAUACAGAUCUCUUCCUGCGGAAGGAUGACGGUAGGAGAUUUUCUUGGUGACUUGAAGAGGAGCCAAUAUGCCAGAGGAACUUCUGUCGUUUGCAGUACAAAAGCUUUGGGACCUACUAAGCCAAGAAUUUUUUUUUUGCCAAGGAAAAAGGUAAUACGAACAAUUUAAAGGAGUUAAAGGUCAAGUAACUUCACUAAAAAGCGAUCUAAACUUGUUGAAGUCAUUUUUGAAAGAUGCAAACGCUAAGAAACAGACAAGUGAAGUGGUGAAAAACUGUGUGGACAUGAUCAAGGAAAUUAUUUAUGAUGCGGAAUAUAUAAUAGAAACGUUUAUUAUAAAAGACGAACUCGGAAAAGAUGGUGGCAUCAAGAAGCGUAUCAGAAGACUUGCUUGCAUUAUUCCAGAACGCAGGGAAAUCGCAUUAGAAAUUGAAAGCUUAAGUAAGAGGAUAUCCAAGGUGAUAUGUGAUAUGGAAAAGUUUGGAGUACAAAAGAUUAUUGCCGAUGUGAGGGAUCCACAACCUUCUCAACAAAGAGUAGAAUUUGCUAGAAAGUACGAAAGCAAUCUUGUGGGGCUGGAAGAAAAUGUUGAGAAAUUGGUUGGACAUUUGGUGGGAGAAGAAGAUGUUCAAGUUGUUUCUAUGACCGGGAUGGGUGGCCUUGGGAAAACAACCCUUGCUAGACAAGCUUUUAAUCACGACAAGGUUAAAAGUAAGUUUGAUAGACUUGUAUGGGUGUGUGUUACACAACUUUGUGACCCGAUGAUUGUGUGGCAAGCAAUCUUUCGCACUCUAAGACCCAAUGAAGAAGAAAACAAAAUCUUGGGGAUGAAAAAAGCUACACUUCAGGACCAACUCUUUCAGUUGUUGGAAACAUUUAAAUCAUUAAUUGUCUUUGAUGAUAUAUGGAAAGAAGAAGAUUGGAAACUAAUCAAGCCAAUAUUUCCACACAAUAAAGGUUCGAAGGUGCUACUCACUUCUCGAAAUGAAAGAGUCGCAGGACGUGGAGAAACAUAUAUCAACUUUAGACCAGACUUCCUAUCUGAUGAAAAUAGCUGGACAGUUUUCCAAAGAAUAGCGAUGGCUAGUAAAGUUACAUCUGAACCGACGAAGGAUGAUGAGAAAAUGGAAGAGAUGGGUAAGAAAAUGAUCAAACAUUGUCAGAGAUUGCCUUUGGCCAUCAGAGUGUUAGGAGGUUUGUUGACUGAAAACUACACAGUGCACUAUUGGAAACAAGUAUCUGAGAAUAUUGGACCUCAUUUACAUGACAACAAUUCAUUAAAUAGUAUAUUGUCUCUGCGCUUUGAAGAGUUGCCUGGUUAUUUGAAGCAUUGCUUCCUCUACUUUGCCCAUUUCCGAGAAGAUUAUGAGAUAGAUAUAGAAAAUCUGUCCUAUUACUGGGCUGCAGAUGGAAUACUCAGGUAUAGCGAUGGAGAGACCAUUCAAGACGUUGGAGAAAGCUACAUAGAUGAGUUGGUGAGGAGAAGCAUGGUUAUUUCUGAAAGAGACAAUGCCACUUCGAGAUUUGAAAAAUGCUGUUUGCAUGAUUUGAUGAGAGAACUUUGUAUGUCUAAAGCCAAAGAAGAGAACUUCCUCUCCCCGAGUGCGCACCCCCAGUCUCUUAGUGUAUCUCAGAGAUUUUUCACUCAUGAUCCCUAUACAUUAGAUGUUGAGAGAGAGAUAAAUAAUUCAAAGGUUCGAUCUCUCGUGGUUGUCCAAAAGGUAGUGCUUCCAAAUAGCUGGAUGUUUGCACGUAACUGGAAGCUUUCAAGUAUAAUCUUUACAAGGUUACAGCUGUUGAGGAUAUUACAUGUCUAUAAAGCUGAAUUCGAAGGAAGGAAGCUACCGGAUAGCAUUGGAAAACUCAUCCACUUAAGAUAUCUGAACAUAGAAGCUGCGGGGGUAUCUCAUCUACCCGCUUCUCUACGAAAUCUGAAGUUGCUGAUAUACCUAAACUUAAAUGUAAACAAUAGUUUCACAUUCGUGCCCAAUGUCUUGAUGGAGAUGAUAGGAUUGAGGUACCUUAUUUUACCAGAAACUAUGAAUAUGAAGACAAAGUUGGAAUUGAGUCAGCUAGUAAAGUUGGAGACGUCGGAGAAUUUUUCAACGUGUUGCAAUUUAGAGGAUCUCCGUGGUAUGGCCAGAUUGAAGACCCUUGUAAUCGCUUUAAGAGGUGAGAUCAGCUUAGAAAAUUUGUCUGCAUCGAUAGGUGGACUGGGACGCUUGGAAAAUCUUACUGUAGACUAUUAUGGGGCUAAGGGGAGACAAGAAUGGAUAAUACUGGAUUUCAAUAAUCUCAGAGAGCUGUCGUUGAGUAUAAAGAUUAUGUUAUCUGCUCAACUACAAUUCCCUUCUCGCAUUACAAGGCUGUCUCUAGAAUUCUGCAGUUUGGUGGAGGAUCCGAUGCCCGUUCUAGAGAAGUUGAGCCAAUUGAAAUUUGUUACACUUGGGUCUCAUUCCUUCCUUGGGAGGAGAAUGGUUUGCUCGGCUGGUGUGUUUCCACAAUUGCAGAAGCUAGAAUUAUUUGGAUUAGUGGAGUUGGAAGAGUGGAUAAUAGAAGAAGGCUCCAUGCCCGUUCUUCAUACUCUCCAAAUUGAUGGCUGUAAGAAGUUAAAUAAGCUUCCUGAUGGGCUACAGUUAAUCACUUCCUUAAAGAAGCUGACUUUACGUGUAAUGGGAAAUCAAUGGAAUGAGAGAUUGUCGGAAGGAGGAGAAGAUUAUUACAAAGUUCAACACAUCCCUUCCGUCAGUGUCUAAAUAUCAUCAAGAAAAAAAUGCACCAGAAGAAACUGGUCUGAAGCGAAUCUCUUAUCAACAUUGGGCAUCAGCGAAUCAACCAAAUAAUAAACUAUCUGCAUUCUUAUGUUUGGUUGUAUAAUUUAUCAACACUUAUGAUAUUCUGCUCCAGUAUUAUUACCUAAAACAAUAUACUUUGUGGUUUGUAUCAAAACUGUCUUUAUACGUU